ACGAAUGCCGGCUCUUGAUUGUAGUGGUUAUUAUUAUUAUUAUCAUUAUUAUUGUUAUUAUUAUUAUUAUUGUUUAGUGAUUCACAUCGGGCGGUGACACGUGCGUUAAAUUAUCCACAUCCUGGAUAAUUAUUGUUAUUAAUAUAUUUUUAAUUACAUAUCUACUUAAAAUAUCAUAAGCUCAUAAAUAUAAUUAUAUAUUAUUUAAACACAGUGUUGUUUAUUUUAUUGACAGUGAUAAUUACAAUGACAGUGAUUUAUUUAAAUUUCAGUGAAUUAUUUGAUUACUUGUGUCAUUAUGAGCUAUAACUUGGAAACUACCAUAUUUAGAGCUAUAAUCACCAGAAACUUUUUUUGUCCUGGAUAAGUGAGUGUUAAAAACAUGUGUAGUGACAUUGAAUUAUAAAUAAUAAAUUAAUGUCAACCAAUAUCAAUGUGGUAUAUAUACAAUAUAUUGGCCUGCGCCAAUAACAGCCUAAGAAAUUUAUUAAAAAUUUUGAAAUAAUAAUAAGAAUACUAAUUAUGAUUGACUUAAAUAACGAGUGGGUCUCAGUCGCUCGGGUUCUAGACCCCAUGACGAUAUUUAAAUAAUUAAUUAAGAAAUGAAGUUAUCAGUGUCGGCUUAUAGAGCCCAAGCUAGUGCUCACAAAAAGAUCCUGUGUAAUUAUCAACAGCAACUUAGUUACGGUGCUACGACACACCAAAGUUCGACUGUCAGAACACCGUCUGAUCCAGCGGCACUACUAUCGGGCUUAAAGGUGGAUCGAGCGGAGAACGAAGAAAUCCAGGGUGGAAGUCUGACAGCGACAUCUGCCUUGGCGUCUGGAUCCCGGAUGGGCGCGGGUCUAGACUCCGGUAGCAGUGCGCCAUCUUCAGCCCAACAUUCUCAGGCGACAUCUCGCGAGGAGGAGGACGAUGAGGAAGAAAGUUCCAGUCGUCCUUCCGGUAACAGUGGCUCCAGGUCAUCAGGAAUCCACCAGCGAUCUGGUCUAAUAAGACGACCGUCAUUGAGGAAAUCAAUCUCCAACGGUCACGAUUACGAUUCUAAUUCAAAUUCAUUGGAUUCAAAUUCAAAUUCAAAUUCAAAUUCAAAUUCGAUCGAGAGCGCAGACCCUCUGCCGAUUCCGGAGAACCCGAGAAGACAACGUAGCUCACGUGGGUCCCAGAAAUGGAGCAAUGUAAGGGCUGUGGUGGCACUUUAUUCCUCACUACGGAAGAUCAAGAGAACAAAAAGUAACCAGCGAUGGAUGAAACUCCGCACAACAGUCCAACUUUCAUCAGCAAUCCAAACAAUUCAAAAAAAGCCGCCAUUAAAACGUGAAGAUUCAUUUCUCAAGCGUUUUUCCACCCGACAAAUCCCCGAGAGCCAGGAAACCCUCGACGCUGGAGAAAAUGACGGGGACCCAGCGAACAAAGAUUCGAAUCGCGGUAAGCGUCCGCGUAAGCCGCAGCGACCCCCGCGGACGGUAGUGAAUCCCGACGAAAAUUUUUACUACUACUGGCUGAUGUUGUUAUCAAGUUGUGUUCUCUACAAUCUUUGGACGCUAAUUGUCCGUCAAAGUCUUCCGGAAUUGCAAGAACUUUCACCAUGGGCAUGGAAAUCGUGCGAUUGGUUUACGGAUGUAAUAUUUUAUCUAGACCUCGGAAUCCAAUUUCGAACGGGGUAUUUAGAGCAGGGUCUGAUGGUUUACAACAGCCGUAAAUUGGCCGGUCAUUAUAUGAAAUCAAAGUCAUUUAUUUUAGAUUUGCUGACAAUUGUACCUCUAGAUUUAUUACAAUUUCAAUUUGGUGACAAUCCGAUGCUACGAUUCCCGCGUUUUUUUAAAUUAUAUCGUGUUUAUAAUUAUUAUUAUAUGGUCGAGUCGAGAACUGUGUAUCCGAAUUUGUGGCGUGUGUUAAAUUUAAUUCACAUUUUAUUAAUUUUGGCCCAUUGGUUUGGAUGCUUCUAUUAUUUAUUGAGCGAAGCUGAAGAUUUUCAAGGCGACUGGGUUUAUCCAUAUCGACCUGGCGAAUAUGCGACACUCACCAGAAAAUACUUGGGCUCGCUGUACUGGUCAACUUUGACGCUUACUACCAUCGGUGAUUUGCCGACACCCGAAACCAACGCCGAAGUCAUACCGGGCGGAAAUCCCCGGAGCCUCGCUCGUCGCGGUCGACUGUCCCGGCUACUGCAGUUCAAGCAUAACGGAGGAUAUGUGUUUACAAUAGUGAGCUACCUCAUCGGAGUAUUUAUUUUUGCGACAAUUGUUGGACAAGUUGGCAACGUAAUAACCAACAGAAAUGCUAAUAGACUUGAAUUUGAGAGACUUUUGGACGGCGCUAAGACAUAUAUGCGACAUCACAAGGUACCCGGUGGCAUGAAAAGAAGGGUCUUGAGGUGGUAUGACUACAGCUGGUCAAGGGGAAGAAUUCAAGGUGGGGGUGACAUUAAUACUGCGCUUGGAUUACUGCCCGAUAAGCUAAAGACUGAACUUGCACUUCAUGUUAAUCUUUCUGUUCUUAAGAAAGUUACUAUUUUUCAGGAGUGCCAACCGGAAUUCCUUCACGACCUAGUUCUAAAAAUGAAAGCCUACAUCUUCACACCGGGUGAUUCAAUCUGCCGGAAGGGUGAAGUCGCUCGAGAGAUGUUCAUAAUAGCCGACGGCAUUUUAGAAGUUAUCUCUGAGACCGGUCGGGUCCUAACUACUAUGAAAGCCGGUGAUUUUUUUGGUGAAAUCGGCAUCUUAAAUCUCGACGGCCUAAACAAACGUACCGCCGACGUUCGUUCCGUCGGCUACUCGGAACUAUUCAGCCUUUCCCGAGAGGAUGUACUGGCUGCCAUGAAAGACUACCCCGAGGCACAAGAAAUCCUGCAGAACCUCGGCCGGAAACGGCUGAUGGAAGCCCAGCGUGUCGCACGUCUCUACCGGGCUCCAGUGUCACCAGGUCACGACUCGUCAGACAACAGCGCCAGCAAACGGAUAGUCUCUAAACUAAAGAGCGACGUAAGAAAUCUCAAGACCGUUUUACGCAAGAGCCGAAGGACACCGCGGCCAGAGGAAGCCAUGGAAUUGCAGCCAUUGACCUCGAAGGUCCCGCCACUGCGGCGGCAGAAUAAAGUCGACGUCGAAGACAGAAUCGAGACCGUAGCCGCCGUCGAACCUCCAGUGUCACCUCUGGGUGCGGGUCUACCCCUUCUUUCACGCCUCCGUCUUCUUAAAGAAAAACAUGACCGUGAAGAGCGACGCCAUCUUGUCGACCAUCCUCCUGACCGUCCACCAGAGCCAGUAAAUUUACCCGCGAAAACCGAAGAUUUGAAUCCCAUGAAUCCAAAUUUGCCUCUGCUGCAGAGGAUUUUGUUGCUGAAGAAUAAAACAGAACCUGAGCCAGUCGAUAAAGAAAUUUCUAAAGAUUCCAAGGUCGGUAAAGAAGUCAAAAUUUUGAAAGACAAACUUUUGCCGAAAAAAGUAGAGGUUGCGCCCAAAAAAACGGAUGUCGCGUGUGUCGAUACCAACGAGACCAAGCGGCCGUGGGAAAUGUUGAAAGAUGCGUCGAUCAGUACGGCCACUGUGUUAUCGAGCGUGCAGAGCCAGCAGGUGGUAAAGAAGACCCCGAAGGUGGUAAAGAAGGAAUCGCAGAGGCAAAGUCUCGUGCAGAUAAGGCAGCAAACUAAAAUGUACUCGUCUGUUGAUGAUUUAUCACCGGAGUACUGCGGGUUACCUUUUGUUAAGAAGUUGAAGAUUUUGAAUGAAAGGCAAAAGUUAGCGGAACUUGAAAGAGCCGUCAGAAGCUCGAGUUUAGAUGCCGGUGAGGUCGCGGAAGCAGAGUUCGAUGGCAAUUUGACGAGAAGUCAUUCUGAGGCAUGCGCUAUUGAGUAUGCGAGAAAAUUGGCGAAAUUUAACAAGGAACAUGGAAGAAUUCGAACGGAUCCAUUGUCACCAGAGAAUGAAACACUUGAGAGGCGAAAUUUGAAAAGUAUAUUGAAAAAAUUAUCUGCUGGAAGUCGUGCUGACAGCUCGGAGACGACGAUAACACCAGAUCCAGAAUUAGUCACCGCGGAAUUGAAAAAGUUGAUGCGUGCGCCGACGAUCGAGGGGUACGCGGCGCGACACUCUAAAUUAUCAAAGAGUGUCACGUUUAAUUACACGAUGCAAAGUCCGCCGUCGGAAUCUUCAGGGGCCAAUAUCGACUUGACUGGGGAGAGCAGUGGGAGCACUGACGGGCGAAUGGAAGAAAUAAAGGGUGGAGAUAUAUCGUUACCAAAGCCCAAGAAAUAUAGUAUCCGUCCUCUUGGUAGCGGUGAUAUCAUUAAAAUGCUUUCGAGACCUGAAGACGAGUAUUUGGGUGAUUUGGUCAUUGGGAUUAAAAAUGUUGUACAUAAGAGGAUGGAGGCGUUGCAGAAUAAAUUUGCUCACCAAUUUUCCUCACUGGAGCUCGAGAUCCACAAACGGGAUCAACUGAUAACCCAACUGCAGUCCAGAAUCUUCGAACUCGAGCGACUGAACCCCAACCGGUCAAGCAGCGGGAACGAUAAUGCAGAUUCCGGUGACGACAGUACCGACCUCGACGUCUCUCUCGACGACGACACUCUUCGAGACCACGACGAGCAUCCAUUUAUGCGAGACGGCUCAGUCGAUACAGUAUUAGGCGCUGCUCGGUCGUCACUCACGCGUUCUUCCAUACCGACCGUAUCGCAGCGCUGCCGGAAAAGAAGAUCCUGGGAGGAACAUUCUGAAGAAGAGACCCUCCAGCUCCAAGAUCUACCUAGAUCGAUAUCUCCUCAGAGUCUGUGGCGCGAAGGGGUCGCGAUCGACAUCGAAAGCUCCGAUGACGAUAGACCCCACCGGAGAUGCGCGAGCGAAUCCGCGGCUGAUGACGAGGAGGAUUCGAUCGACAGUGACAAGGGCCCAAAUAAUUGGGAGCUCAAAAUGUUGGCCGAGCAAUUGGAAAAAAGAAGACGCAGUCAUGAGACUCCAAGUCCCGGUUCCUAGCGCAUUAAUCGAACUAUCAAAAUUUUUAGUUACUCAAAAAUUUAUAAAAUUUUUAACAAUAAAAAUAGUGUCGGUGAAUUGAGUGUUUUCCAGAUUUUCGAAACUAGAUAUACUGAUAACUGCCGUAAUUUAUCAUUCCACGGUUUAAAUGGUUGUAACGAGACCAUAAUAUGAUCCAUUAAUUGAUUAAUCAGUCAAUUAAUCGAUCGACUUACAAUUUUAUUCAUUUUUUAUUAAUGUAUAUUAACUUUUAAAAGGAAGAGCUCGAAGUAAAAAACGAAUUUUAAAUUUUUUCAUUUCAUUAAUCGGUUGAUUAACUGAUUAAUCGGGUGAUUAAUCGACUGAUUGACUUAAUUUUUCUAUGAUUCUUAGACAUUUUGUUAAGGUUUCCAAGGGUGACUUCACAUGACUCCAUUUUUUGUAAAAUAAAAAAAAAUUAAUUUUGAUUAAUUGAUUAAUCAGUCAAUUAAUCGAUCGACUUACGAUUUUAUUCAUUUUUUAUUAAUGUAUAUUAACUUUUAAAAGGAAGAGCUCGAAGAAAAAAACGAAUUUUAAAUUUUUUCAUUUCAUUAAUCGGUUGGUUAACUGAUUAAUCGGGUGAUUAAUCGACUGAUUAACUUAAUUUUUAUAUGAUUCUCAGACAUUUUAGUUAAAAUUUCUAAGGGUGACUUCAGAUGACUCCAUUUUUCGUAAAAUAAAAAAAAAUUAAUUUUGAUUAAUUGAUUAAUGUUAUGAUUAAUCGAUCGCGUUAGAAGUUUAUAUUUUUUUGGCUCAUAAACUCGUGAAUUAUGAGCCUGUAAAAUUAAUUAGGAAGCGCUUAAUUAAUUUUGUGAAUUAAUUAACCCAUUAAUCAGGUGAUUAAUCAGUCGAUUAAUUAAUUAUACUGCAUUAAUUUAAUAAAAAUUUUUUUAACUAGAGAGUAAUUAAUGCACAAUUGCAAACAAAUUUUUUAAAAGUAAAUAAAAUUAAUUAAUUGAUAGUUAAUGAUUAAUGAUUAAUGAUUAAUCGAAUGAAUGAGAGUUUUAAUAAUAAAAAAAUCGGUUCUAUUGUUAUUAAUUUCGUAUGUAAAUACUCACUGGUGCCUGAGAGAUAAUAUAUAAUUAAAUUAAUUUAUUAAUUAAUUAUUAAUGAUUAAUUAACGAUUAAAGUAAUUUAAUAUCACGUUAAUUAUUGAUAUUAAUUUAUUAAUUGAAUUUAUAGAUCAAACAUAAAUAAAUAUAUAUAAUAUUAACGAAUAAAACGAAUUUAGACUACGAUCUACUAUCUAAUUAAUUUAAUUAAUUAAUUAAUUAAUUAAUUUUUUUAUGUAGAUCGAUCUUAAAAUUUUUUCUAAUUAACAAAUUCAAAAAAUAUUUCAUAGAAAAAUAUUGAGCUGGGAGUGAGAAGAAGCGGCAGGGAUUUUUUUUUGUUUUUUAAUUUUUUUAAAUUAAUAUAAAUAUAAAUAUAUAUAAAUAUAUAAAUAGAGAUAUAUUUAAAAAUAAAGUCGAAAGUUUAUUAAGUAGCGAAGUAAUUUAUAAAUAUAUAUAAAUAUAUAGUUUAUUAAAAUUAUUUCGGAAAAAAGUAUUAAAAUUUAUGACAUAUAUGUAUAUAUAUAUAUAUAUGAAUAUAUAUAAAUAUAUAUUCGAAUGCAUAGAAAGAUACAGAAUUUCAUGCGCAUUGAAACGAGUACCCACAGUCUAUACUUCUAUUCAUAAAUUCAAAAUAUUUAUAUAUAUAUUCAAAUAUAUAUAUAUGUAUAUUUCAGAAAUUAAAAAAAAUAAAUAUGUCAUGUUGGUACUCAUUUUAAAGCGUAUCAAAUUUUCUGUCUUUCUAAACCAAUGAAAUGUUUAUUUUAAUUUAAUUAAAAUCGCAAUAAUUACAAAUUUUAAUUAAAAUUUCCCCUUUUUCAUAUUCCACUUUUAUUUUUAUUUUCCACGUCUUUCUAUCAAUCUUACGUAAAAAUGACAUCAGACCUUUUUUGUGCAAAAUUAAAUUUCCUACAAAAUUGGUCUCAUAUAUUUUUUUCAUAUAUCUUAUACUUUAGCCACAAUUUCCAUUUAAAAAAAAAAAAACCGAAAUUUUGAUGUUCACUUCUACUCCCGCAAUUUACCGAUACUGGAAAUCCAAAUUACAGCUAAACUAAUUGAAAUAUCGAAAAAAUUAAUCAAUACAAAUUUGUUAAGAAUUAAAUUUCCUACAAAAAAGGUAUCUUUACUUUUUUACGUAAAAUCAAUACCACCAAUGAAAAAUCCAUUUUAAAAUAAAUCCCCUUUUCGAAAUUUAAAUCUGUAACUUUAAAUAUUUUUAACCGAAAUAAUUAAUAAGUUAAUUAAAAAAAAUUAUAUAGUAAUUAAAUUAUUAUUUAUAUGGACCAGACCAAGCUCAAUAUUUAUAGAGUCUACUAAUAAAUAUACUAUGUAAAUGACUUUAAAAAUAAAAUAUGUAAUUUAAUUAAAAUGAUAACGAAAAAAAAAACGCGAGUGUGUAAUUAAUUAAUUAAUAAUUAAUGACUUGUAAAUAAUUAGAGUGAAUUAUUUAUUAAUGGAUGAGUAAAUAGUAAUAAUAAUAAUGUAAAUUUUUAUGGAUGAUUGUGAAUUAUUUGAUUUUAAUUUUAAAUAAAAUAAAUGAGAUACAGGACUCGCGGUCGCGGGUCUCUACAGAUCAGAAGUAUUCGAUUAUAUUAAUAUAGAAAAUUGUAAGAGUAUUUAUUAAAUAUGGAUGUAUGUAUUUUAUUUGCGGUGGACUAAAUGAUGAAUAAA